AUGGCACCCGCGCAGGAUCCGAGCACACAGGUCCAGUUCCUGGUCACCUGCAUCAAGCAUUGCACGGCGCCGGGCAGGGUCGACUUUGCGGCUGUUGCUGCCGAGCUCAGCAUCCCCUCCAAGGCUGCAGCCGCCAAGAGGUAUGAGCGCCUGCUCAAGGCUCAUAACGCGUGGCCCACUGGCGGUCUUGCUGCCAGCGCUGGCGGCGACGGCCCCGCCAGCACUCCUGCCACCCCCAAGGGCAAGGCGAAGGAGGGCGCUGCUGCCACCCCGCGCAGCCGCAAGCGCAAGAAUGCAGCUGAUGAUGACACUGAGGGUAAGUCCACGACCAAGACUGCCCGGAAGAAGGCCGGCACUGGCGCCAAGCAGGGGAUUCCGGUUACUGGCGACGACCUUGAUGACGUCCUUGGCGGCGAUGCCCUUGCCGGCAUUCUUGACGACGACUACGACGAGGAAGAGAAGCUUGUCGUCUAA